UAUUGGUCUUCCGGUUUUCAGGGUGAACGUACCAGGGCUCGUGGUGAUAGCAAGGCUGCUUUAUAUCAGAAGCCUAGGGCUACGAAUACACUGUUUGUCAUUAACUUUGACCCCAUAAGAACAAAAGAGCACGACAUUGAAAAGCACUUUGAGCCCUAUGGUAAGGUCAUUAAUGUGCGUAUCAGACGCAACUUCUCAUUUGUUCAGUUUGAAACACAAGAAGAUGCCACAAAAGCCCUUGAAGCUACUGAUAAAAGCGAAAUAUUGGAUAGAGUUGUCACUGUAGAGUAUGCGAAGGGUGAUGAUGAAAGAGAUGAUCGAUAUGGCGGUGGUCGUAGCCCGAGAAGAUCUCGUAGUCCUGUGUACCAUAGGCGUCCAAGCCCUGACUAUGGUACUGGUAGGCGUCCAAGUCCAGAUUAUGGUCGUCCUAGAAACCCAGAGUACGACAGAUACAAAGGUCCAGCAGCUUAUGAAAGACGCAGGAGUUCAGAUUAUGGACGUAGGAGUUCUGAUUAUGGUAGACAAAGGAGUCCUGGUUAUGGCCGUUACGGAAGGUAA